CGUCAGCGCGCGUCAGCGCGCGUCAGAGCGCGGCGUCCGACGCGCUCCGACGCGAACGCUCGUCGACGUUCUCGGCGCUUCGCGCGCCGCGUCGACGCGCGUCGACGCGCCGCGAUCCGCGCGCGCGUCGUCGACGAGCGUCGGUCGUCGGAGACGCGAAUCUCGACAUGGCGUGGGAGCGCGCGCGCGAAGACGACGGCCCGGGAUCGGCGACGAGAUGGUGCGAAAGCGCGGAGGCGAACGCGCGUCGACGGACGACGGGAAGGCGCGGCGAGGGGGCGCGGCGAGGGAAGGAGGCGGCGGGACGCGAACGCGAAGGCGAACGCCGACGCGGGAAGCGGCGGCGAGGGAACGACGCGGCGAAGCGAGCGAUGCGGCGAUAUCACGCCGAGCGACCGCAUCGGGCGUUGAACGUGUGCGAUAACGGUGAACGCGAACGGAUGGAGCCGCACGAGAUGGAGGAGAAGCGAGACUUUGAGGAGAAGAGGGCGAGAUUCGCGGCGAAAUUCGCGGCGGGCGAGUUGAGUCCAGAGCCGGCGUACAGGUACGAGGAGCCGGCGCGCGCGCGCGGGAUUUGGGACGGUAAAGGUGCGACGUUUGAGGAUGCCAUCGUUAGCGGCGAUCACGACCACCACUCGAGCUCAGGGGCGAACUCGAGCGAGGAGACGGCGGUGCACUUGCGACACGAGACGACGAGCGGACGAACGCCACCCCCGGUGACGUCCAAGCCCUCGCGAACUGGGCCCGAAUCGAUCAAACUGUGCGAGCUGCGCACGCACAAAAGCAUGCGGAAAAACGACACGUCGACGCUGCCCACGGUGUACAGUUGCAUGAAUCUAGGCGUGACGCCAGAGCAACUGUUGCAAGGCGAAGACAAAGCGUGGUGGAGCGAGUUCGGCAAGCAAGGGGCGAUGGUGAUCAAGAUUAGCGAUGGGUGGGACAUCUUAGACGAUACGAGCGCGCUGUGUGACUUGUCUUGGGUCGGCACCAAAUCCAUCAAGCUCCGCACCCUUGGACCCGACUAUCAGUACAUUAGACAAAACUUGCCGGACAGAAAGACGGGCCUGCUCGAGCCGUUUCGAGCGAUGAAUGACGUGGACUCCAACAUGGAAAUCGGCGCCUUUGUGGAAGAUUUUCAAGAGCGAUGUCGUACGCACGCCGAUCAGUUUAGACUCAUGGACGUCAACGCUCGUGAAUGCUGGUUCUUACAGCAAAUUCAUUCUGGUUUUCCACUCCAGUUUCCAUACCUUCAAGGCAUCGCGAUGGAGGCACUCAUGAAGAAUGUUCGAGCCGUGGACGCGUCUGAAACGCCCCAAACCCAUCCUUGGGAUCCUCGAUUACUGGGUCAGAGAAAGCCAAGUGUGUUACGACGGUGUUUGGAGCUGUGUGAAACCCAGAACGUGGUGAAUAAGAGGCUGUCUCUCGACGCCGCCCUGGACUGCGCAACGCCGCAGUCGGCGGAGGAGGCCCGAGCGGAGGAGAAAGGGCGAACGGGCGGAGUGGUUACGAAAGUAGACCAAUCUGCCGUUCAACGGAGAAUCGAACGGCGAGAAGAUAAGAAGAAGGGCAAAAAGCACAGCUCCGCUGGUACUGUGAUAGAAGCCGCCGUCUUAGAAGCCGCCGAGAUGGCCACGGAGAAGGCGAGCGAGACUCGACUCUGGGGCGUCGGCAUCGUGUCUCCUUGGCUUUACUACAUGGGUGUCGGGUCUAUUUUCCCCUUGCAUUUCGAGGACUACGCGUUCGCUUCGGCAAAUGUCAUCUUGGCUCGUCCGGACUCGCAUUCGGCGGUCGUUUGGUAUAGUAUUCCUCGAUCCGAUCUGUACUUGCUGCACACGUAUUUGCAAGAAACGCUCGGCGCGGAAUACACGGUUGACAUUCUCGAGAUGCGCAGGCUUUGGCUCGAUCCGGCGCGGAUCCAGGAUUGGAAUUCAAAGCGCGUGAAUGGCGAAGAGAAGAUCCAUGUUUAUCGACACGUUCAAAGAGCGGGCGAAUACGUCGUCACCGACUACGGAUCCGUUCACUGGGGCGUGAAUUUGGGCGACGGCUGGAAAGCUGCGGUCAACUUUGCGUACAUGGACUGGAAACCCGCGGCGGAGGAAGUGAACGAAGUCUACAAGCGACUCGAAAAAGAAACAGGAAUGUUUCGACAUCAUCGCUGCUGCCCCAAUGCUCAAGUCUAUCCAAUUCGCAUCAUCCGCUUCUGCGAUUACUUUGAUCCAAUGUUUGAUCUGCUCGACGCCCUCGGUUCUCGCCAGUCGUUCCUCGAUGUCGCGAGAAACUGGAAGUACCGCGACAUGGCGAUCUCGCGCUCGUUUACCGGGAGAGAACCUCAAAUCGAGCGAUAUGUGCUCUUUUGA